ACGUCUGCUGGGCUCAGGACGCGGCGGUCGAGACUAAAGUCGGACCCUGUUUAAGUGCGCUGCUGGGUGAGAAGAAACCGGAGGGGGUGGAGAGAAGGAGAGAGAGAGAGAGGGGGAGAGGGAGAGGGAGAGAGAGACUGCAAUAUCAUUUGUGGAUCCCUCUCACAGUGCUGCAGAUAGGGGCUGCCAACACAUGCGGCGCGUCUGCAGGUGACGGAACAGGCUGAAUACGCUGGACGCACUGAGGAAUUCAACCAACGUUUCCAAAAAACCUGCGUCGGAUAUACAUUUUUUUUUUUAGAGUUUUAUUUCCCGCUUCAUUUUUUUUCCUCUAAUAAUACCCUGAUUUCUUUUUAGAAGGUUGUGCACUGUGGAGUUGGCUCGCAAACGGAGAGAGAACCACACUGUCUGCUGGUUGCAAGAGAGACUCGGAGGGAAGACGGGGAGCAGGGGAAGGCAACCGGACAGGUAAUUCGCCCCGUGUGGGUUCGCCUCCUCGAGAUCGGAGAGUUGACAGGCUCGGCGCGAUCAACACUCGCCGUGUGAUGAGUUUGGAAACUGCGCGGGCGUUUAAAUGAUCCCCUGACACAUGUCGGACACGGGAAUAUUGCAGCCUCACCCAGAAAGGAAAUUAUAGCCACAAACUGUGAGUAGAAUGGCGCGAUAUGGACCCAUGACACUUUCUGGUGGCGUGAUGCUCGGACUGUGACAUUUUGGCUUUUACGCGCACGAAAUCCACGUCGGCCUGUCCGUGGCACCGUCCAGGGCGCACGGAGCCUCUCUGGUGGUUUUCUUUCCGUUCUUUUUUUUUCUUUUGCCAAAAACAAGUAAAAGAGCAACUUGCACCCAGUGCUGGAGGUGGAAGAGGAGAGGAGAGAGGGAAGCCCGUGCACUUGCUGCUUUGCACUGCAGCAGGAGCGACGUAGGAAGUCGUUCGGAGGAUGAAGUCUUACACGUCCCGAAACAGAGGGCUUCGCUCUGAAUGAAAGCGACAUUUCCUGCCCAUAUUCGGACUUUCCAUCAGUGAUUUAAACAUUUUUUUUCGACAUAUUUCCCCCCCAAUCCUAACUGGAACAAUGAGGACUACUGGUGCAGUGGACUAUUUGUACUAUUGCUUGCUCAUCCUGCAGCUUGUGAAUCAGCCCGCUGCCAAGCAAGUGCUCCGGUACCGUUUGGCCGAGGAGGGACCCGCCGAUGUCAGAGUAGGAAACGUUGCCGCCGACCUGGGCAUUGUCGCCGUGUCUGGCGAGGUGACAUUCACCCUCGAAUCAGGCUCGGAUUUUUUCAAAAUAGAUAACAUCACAGGGGAGCUCAGCACCAACGAGAGGCGGAUAGACCGUGAAAAAUUACAGCAGUGCCAAAUGAUAUUUGAUGAAAAUGAGUGUUUUAUAGAUUUCGAGGUGUCAGUCAUCGGACCAGCCCAGAGCUGGGUCGACCUGUUUGAGGGAAAAGUCAUCAUACUAGACAUAAAUGAUAACACCCCGUCCUUCCCGUCCUCUGUCCUGUCACUGUCUGUGGAGGAAAACAGACCCAUUGGAACCCUUUAUCUGCUGCCCACCGCCACAGACAGAGAUUUUGGCAGGAAUGGAAUAGAGAGAUACGAGCUGAUCCAGGACAAUGGGGAGAGCUCAAGGCGCCUGAGCUCUUCAGCGGAUUCAUACUCGGGGAAGAGGAGGUUUGACGAAGGCGCGAGCAGGAGCAGCGUCUUUGAACUGCAAGUCGCCGACACUACUGAUGGAGAGAAGCAGCCCCAGCUCAUUAUUAAAGGGGCCCUUGAUAGGGAACAGAGAGACUCCUAUGAGCUCACACUGCGUGUUAGGGAUGGAGGAGAUCCCCCUCGCUCCUCCCAGGCCAUUCUCAGGGUGAUGAUCACCGAUGUGAAUGACAACAACCCUCGGUUUGAGAAGAGUGUGUAUGAAGCUGACCUGCCAGAAAACAGCUCCCCGGGUGCCCCCAUACUCCAGCUCAAAGCGGCCGAUGCAGACGUGGGGGUUAACGGUCAAAUAGAAUAUGUGUUUGGAGCAGCCACAGAGUCAGUGAGGAGGCUGCUGCGGUUGGAUGAGAGCACAGGGUGGCUGAGUGUCUUGCACCGCAUUGACCGUGAAGAAGUGAGCCAACUGAGGUUCACGGUAAUGGCCCGUGACCGAGGCCAGCCACCCAAAAUGGACAAGGCGACUGUGGUGUUGAACAUUAAGGAUGAAAAUGACAACGUUCCCGCUAUUGAGAUACGGAAGAUUGGACGCAUUUUCCUAAAAGAUGGUAUAGCCAAUGUGGCUGAGGAUGUGGUGGUGGACACACCCAUUGCCUUAGUUCAGGUGUCAGACCGUGACCAGGGGGAAAAUGGCAUAGUGACCUGCACAGUGGUAGGGGAUGUGCCCUUUCAGCUGAAACCAGCCAGUGAAAUGGAGGGUGAGCAGAAUAAAAAGAAAUAUUUCCUCCACACGUCUGCAACGCUGGACUAUGAGGCCACACAGGAAUACAACGUGGUUAUAGUGGCUGUGGACUCCGGGAGCCCCAGUCUGGCAAGUAAUAACUCUGUUAUCGUCAAAGUUGGCGACACUAAUGACAACCCUCCUAUCUUUAGCCAGAAUGUAGUCGAGGUGUCAUUUCCGGAAAACAAUGCCCCUGGCGAGAGGGUGACAACAGUGGUGGCCAUUGACGCAGAUAGUGGGAAGAAUGCUGAAAUAGCCUAUUCCCUUGACUCAUCAGUGAAUGGGAUUUUCUCCAUCGAUGCAGACAGUGGAGACAUCCGAGUAAACACCAUCCUGGACAGAGAGCAAACAGAGCGCUACGAAUUCAAAGUGAUAGCCAGAGAUAAGGGCAUAAACACUCUUCAGGGGUCUGCAACAGUGGUCGUCCUUGUGGCCGAUAAGAAUGACAAUGACCCAAAGUUCAUGCAGGACGUGUUCACCUUCUACGUCAAAGAGAACCUUGAGCCAAACAGCCCUGUUGGUAUGGUUACAGUCAUUGAUGCAGAUAAAGGUCAAAAUGCAGAGAUGAGUCUUUUCAUUGAAGAAGAGGAGGAGAUCUUUUCUAUUGAGAAUGACACUGGGACUAUUUUCUCCACCCUGUCCUUUGACCGAGAGCAGAAAACUACAUACACUUUCCGUGUCAAAGCUGUGGAUGGUGGCGACCCUCCCAGAUCUGCCACUGCCACAGUCUCACUCUUUGUCAUGGAUGAGAACGACAAUGCACCAAUGGUCACUUUCCCAAUUAACAGCUCCUACACCCUUCUUCCUCCCUCCAGUAACAUCAGAACAGUGGUCAGAACUGUCAUAGCCACCGACACUGACACCGGCGUCAACGCAGACCUGAACUACAGCAUCAUUGGGGGGAACCCCUUCAGGCUGUUUGAGAUUGAUGGCGGCUCUGGGGUUAUUUCACUGGUGGGGAAGCUGGAGCAGAAGCAUUAUGGCCUCCACAGACUCGUGGUCCAGGUGACCGACAGAGGGCCGCCUUCACAGAGCACCACCACGCUGGUUCAUGUGUUUGUUAAUGAGACUCUUUCCAAUUCCACAGUGGUGGAGGCCCAGGUGGCUAAGAGCCUGAGCACGUCUCUCAACACCAACAUUGCCGGCGACCCCAACUAUGAUCUAAGCAAACAGCGGUUAAGCAUCGUAAUCGGAGUAGUUUCAGGCAUCAUGACAGUCAUCCUCAUUAUUCUUGUUGUAGUCAUGGCCCGUUACUGCCGUCCCAAAAAUAAGAAUGGCUACGAGGCCGGCAAGAAGGAUCACGAAGACUUCUUUACCCCACAGCAGCAUGACAAAUCCAAGAAGCCCAAGAAAGAUAAGAAGAAACAGAAAUCUAAACAGCCGCUCUACAGCAGUAUUGUCACUGUCGAGGCCUCCAAACCCAACGGGCAGCGCUAUGACGGCGUCAACGAGAAGCUGUCCGACAGUCCUUGCAUGGGCCGCUACCGUUCAGUCAACGGAGGGCCAGGGAGCCCGGAUUUGGCCCGACACUACAAGUCCAGUUCGCCCCUCCCCACUGUCCAGCUUCACCCGCAGUCGCCAACAGCUGGAAAAAAGCACCAGGCCGUUCAGGACCUGCCCCCUGCCAAUACCUUUGUUGGCACCGGAGAUAACAUUUCCCUUGGAUCUGACCACUGCUCUGAAUACAGCAGUCAGACUAUCAACAAGUACAACAAACAGCCGUUUCGCCGAGUGACCUUCUCGGUGGUGAGCCAGCCCCAGGACCCUCACCAGCAGGGAUCGCUGCAGAGCUGCUACGACAGCGGCCUGGACGAGUCGGAGACGCCCAGCAGCAAGAGCUCAUCGGGCCCCCGGCUGGGCGCCCUUCCCCUGCCCGAGGACAGCUACGAGAGGACAACGCCGGAUGGCAGUGUCGGUGAGGCAGAGCACAUGGAAAAUGACUCCCGGCCCUUGCCUGACGUAGCCAUGACUGGCAAGUGCACUCGGGAAUGCGACGAGUACGGCCACUCGGACUCCUGCUGGAUGCCUGUGCGCACGUCGCCCGAGCGACGGCCAUCCAAGUCCACCACCACCCCCCAACAACCAAAGCUUUCCACUUUUAUGAGCGGCAGCAGCAGCAGCAGCAGCUCCGAGCAGCCCGGCAGCCAAGAGACCCUCGCCAUGGCCGCCAUGGCCAACGGAGACCCCACCUCCACUCACAUGAUGGGCGACCGCAAUCGCAACCUGCUCAACAAGAAGAUGGCCUCCUCCUCCUCCUCCUACGAGGCCUUCGGCUCGCCCUCCUACGGCUCGCCAGGAGGUGGGGAGGAGGUGCUGGGCCACCCCACUGAGGAGAUCCCCCUGGCCCCUACUGGGGAGUACAAGCCCACGUCCUGUGGCACUCUGACGCGGCGGGAGGUGUACCUGUGAGCUGGGAGGGUUAGACGCGCCCGCUGUGCCACCAUGUAUGGCAUUUAAAAAACAACACUGAGCGUAGCUGCUUACCCAUCACCAUUACAGCUCUUGAAGCUUUUAGCCUCCCUUGCUAGGAGGUAGGACUAACCUUUCUCCAAAGACUUUUACAACAGCUUCUUAAUGAAAAUCAGAGUGGACAGACAAACAGUUCUGAAGAAGGGAGGAGGAGGAGGAGGAGGAGGAAGAACUGUUUUGGGCACUGAUUGAACUAUGGAUGAGGCUGUUUUCUACUGGUGAGUCGGGCUCUUGGGACAUGAUCUGCUGCCUGACAGUCAAUCUGUACAAUAACCAACUCAUUUGACAUAUUCAGUCCAUGCAUGCAUUACUCCCCCGUCCCCCAUGAAGGCCCUGUUCCCUUAAGAUGACAAUACUCCAAUAGAGACAAUUUCUUUUCUUUGAUUGUUUAUGAUUUUUCUAGAAACAAAGUUGUACAUGUGGACUAUUUUGACUUAAAAAAUGUGUCUGGCUAUGCCUUUUUCUUUUUUUUUUAUUACCUAACGGGGCAAAUGCCGCGGCCACGAUAUUCUGCGGCUGCAACAACACAUUGGACACGAUGGUCUCGGUCAUCAGUCAUUUUGACUGUUUGUGAUAAAUGUUGCUCAACAGCAGAACAAGACUCGGCCGCAUUCAAAUCCUAAAAGGACAGCAAAGACUCAGCUUUAAAUACUCAGUCCAGAAAAAUGACAUUGGUUUCAGUCCUCGAAAUGGACGGAAAUGGGGGACAUUGGGAAAUUUGCUGCACCGACCCCUUGGUUCAAACCCCACCGGUACACUACGAUGGACACGUGAGGGCUGAUCCCUAACGUGCCAGCGUGAAACGUCACAGGUGAAAAAGUCACUCAUUGUACAUAAACAUCGGACCACAGCGACGACGCAAACUGCUCUCAUCCCCCUUUUGUCCCGCUACCUUCCCUCAGUCUCUCGUUCUUUGUCUUUUCGAAAUCGGGCGACAUCGAGACCAAAACCCUCCUGAAGAGAUGCAAGCCCUUAGAGCCGUGUGGCGUCAUCGCACUGGCUGGGAAAACAAGCAUGCGGUUGUGCAUAUUCGGAUCACCUCAGUGGGAUGCUACUGUAUAUCGAUACCUGCUGUGUUUUGCUGUCCCCCCCCCCCCCCCCCCUCGAACACACAUAUACAGCAGCGGAAAAGCGGAUUCAUUUAACUGAGGCCAGUGGCACUGCUGUGUCGACUGAUAAUCCUGGGUAAGCACAGAUAGAAAUGAUGGAGGUGCAAUCGGUAAUGUAUGUGUGUAUGGGCCAAAUAUGCAGUUUACUGUAUAGUAUGUGUGUAUAGGCCAUAUCUAGUGUAUACUGUAGAUGUACGCCACUAACCUAGGAGGGCGGAAACAUGGCCAAGCUGGUCUGACAACAGCUGCAAUGUCAGCCGUGUACUGUCAUUCCUCUUCUUUUUUUUGUGAUAGAUUGAGCAAUAAAUAUCAUACUGUACAUGUGACCAACCAGCAUCAACUUCUUUUUCACGUUUUCGUAAAGCUUUUCGAAAAUGAAAUCCACCCACACUUGGCCGUCCUUCUAGAGUCCUUCUUUUUUCUCGCACUGGUAGAUGUUGCUUUCCAUACUACACGGUGGUGGCAUCUUUGAGCACGAAUGUAAGAAUCAGCUCAAUGGCAAACAAUCAAAAAGCAACGCCCGAAUGCCGUUCUUUUGGAUUACAGACUGAGAAAAAAAAAAUGGUGUCAAAGUGAAAACCAAAGCUUCGCGAGCAGGAUGAAGCACCCCUCCCCCCCCCCUCCAUGUACACAUUAAAAAAUAGCUUUCUGGGAGAACUUUGCUCUAAGUACACUUUACCGGGGAUUUUUUUUUUUUUAAAUUUCAUGGAGGAAAGAGCUCGAGCGAUAAGAAUGUGAUGUCUCAGCAAAUCAUCCACCACAUCCUCAGAGCUAAGUGACCAAUUACACACAUACAUUACAGUGUUGAGAUGUCGUGCCUCCUUGUCUACAGUGAUUUUUCCUUUUUUCUCGCAGCUGCAGAGGCGCAAAACUCUCAUGACUGUAAUAAAGCAAAAGAAUAUCAGAUGCAAUGGAACCUUUUGUAUGUUAGCAAAACCCCUUUGGUUUAAACGGAGCUGCUUUUUCAGCGCUCCGGCAGUCUAUAGUCUGUAAGUACUACUCGUUGUUCGAAGGAAAGUGCUCCUAUACUUAUCAACUGUAUACAUGAAUAUUUACUUUUUACUGCACGUUUAAUGGGAACUUACUUCACUUACUGAGAAGGAAGGAGGAAAAAAAACCUGUAAAACAAAAUGUACAAAAAAAAUGUUAUCGCUGUGAACAUGGAAAUCCACCUUGUUGCUUGCUUUUGUUAUACUUAAAGAAACAUUAGCCAUCGGUUAGCCAACUUAGUACAGUUAAGACUCCACAUACAGUACCAUUGAUUUUAUACAAUUUUUUUAUACUUGUCUCUCAUAUCACCAUACAAACCCAAAUCUUUCAUAGGUCUCAUUUAUAUCAACUUAAUACCAUGAAUUUUCAAAUUUUUGCCGUGUAUUAUUCUUUUUGAUCCCAUUCGUUGAUUUGUUGCACAAUGUCAGAAACCAUGGAAAUGAUCACGACAAUGUACUCCGUGUUUUACUUUUCUUUUCUUUAGCUGGUGCCACUUUGUAUAUUUAGAGUGCUUCUGAAAAAAGACAAAAAAACAACAACAACAACAAAA